GAAGCAGCCUAACGCUGAUGCGGAAGUGCCUAACGCGGAAGUAAUAUUCUGAAUCCUACUUGACGCAUGUACCUGCACUUUGAGCAUUUCAUGCUACGAAAGGUGUUCAAGUCCGGGCCUUAGUAAAGACAGAUACUACAGACAGAGGUGUGUGUGGAGCAGGCAUGUUGUCCGGAGGAGAAGUAGUGUUACGGGCGCUGGAGACGCCGCUAUUCUGGCUCGGUGCUGUGACCGCGGCCUGGCUGUCUGUGUGCUCCGUGUACCGGCUGCUCACCGGGAUCAGGGUGUGGGUGCUGGGGAACGGACGGCUCGUGUCACCCACCAGACUGGGGAAAUGGGCUGUUGUGACAGGAGCCACUGAUGGGAUUGGAAAAGCCUACGCUGAAGAGCUUGCCCGAAGAGGCUUCUCCAUCGUGCUGAUCAGCCGCUCUCAGGAGAGGCUGGAUGAUGUAUCCAAAGCGAUCAAGAGCAAAUGUGGUGUGGAGACCAAAACCAUCGCCGCAGACUUCAGUGCUGUUGACAUCUACUCCAAGAUUGAAGAUGGACUUCAAGGAUUGGAGAUUGGAGUUCUGGUAAAUAAUGUUGGAGUGUCCUAUUCUUACCCUGAGUUCUUCCUCAACGUCCCCAAUCUGGAUUCUUUCAUCGACACCAUGGUCAACGUGAACAUCACAUCCGUGUGCCAGAUGACUCGUCUUGUUUUACCUGGGAUGGUGGAGAGGAAGAAGGGUGUCGUUCUCAACAUCUCGUCUGCCAGUGGGAUGUAUCCUGUUCCUCUCCUCACCAUCUACUCUGCCUCCAAGGCCUUUGUGGACUACUUUUCAAGAGGACUUCAGGCUGAAUACAAGAGCAAAGGAAUCAUCAUCCAGAGUGUUCUGCCAUUUUUUGUUGCAACCAAGCUGAGUAAAAUCCGACGUGCGACACUGGACAAACCAAGUCCAGAGCGCUACGUUUCAGCUGAGCUCAACACCGUGGGGCUCCAGACCCAAACUAAUGGCUAUCUGCCCCAUGCCAUUAUGGGCUGGGUGACUACUGCUCUGCUCCCUGCCAAGAUCCUCAACAGCUACGUGAUGGGGAUGGGUUUAUCCCAGCGCGCUCGUCACCUCAAGAAGCAGAAGCAGGGAUAGAUGGAUGUGCAGCAGCAGACAGAGGAGGGGGGGACCAGCUGUGUUAAUGACUCGUCGGCCUAUCAUCAUCAUCACGGACCAAGAGGAGGAAGUGUGACAGUUUCUGGGCAACCUCCCCCUUUAUGCUCCCAGUCAUAGAUGAGGCGAUGCUGGCCCCAGUUGCUGCCACAUGUUUUCCUUCUAAAACAGUUGUGUGAAAAAUAUUGAACAAAGUGGUGGUCCUCGUUGAGUGAUCAGCUUUAAUGAGUGGAACACUAACAUGGAGGCUAAAAAACAAUUUCCAAAACUGUCCAUCUGUCUGCAAAACAUGAUAGAAAAUGAAGCCUACACGGUGAUGGCUAAAGAUAAGCAGGAUGUUAGCAUCUGUUUGUUUGUUUGAUUGAGCCUCCUGUGAUUAUGUGAAUUAGCUUUUGGCUAUGUGUGCUGGCUUAAAGCUAUUUAGUAGAACACUGUAGGUGGUACUUACCAACUGCUAACAAUUUCUGGAGCACUUAAACAAUGUCUCACUCGCUGUGUGUUUCAAUUUUGUUUUUCAACAUUUUACAGCAGGAAUUUCACAGCACUCAGAUUUACACCGUUCUUCUUGGGAACCAACUUAAAACCAUUACCAAUCUCUUGUUUGCCUUUUUUAAUGUAAUACUUUUUGACAGUAUUGAAGUGGUUGUCAAAGGAACCACCUGCAUAAUUGAUCUUAACUAAAUUUAUUCUGUACAAAAUAAAGGAAAGUGUCUCUAAUUGAGGAAAAUUCAAACAAUGUUGUUGGAUGAAAAUUGAACGUUGUUUUGGUCGCAUGCAAAAUAGAUCCACAAAUUCAUGGAGACAAUCUGUGUUACACUCUGGAAUGAUUUUCAGUCUUUAAAUUUUCAGUAAAACUGCAUGAAAUACACUACCAGCCACAAGUUUGGACACACCUUCUCAAUGUUUUCUAUGUAUUUUAAUUAUUUUCGACAUUGUAGAUUAAUACUGAAGAUAUCAAAACUAUGAAAUAAUCUGGUUUUGCCAUAAUCUGGAUUACAACAGUAGUCAAAUAAGGCUAUCCAUUGUGUGCUAACCCUACCUCUGAACAACACAACUGAUGGUCUCAAACACAUUAAGAAGGCAAGUCAUUCUACAAAUGAACUCUUGACAAGGCUCAUGUUAAUUAGAAACCAUUACAGGAGACCACUUCAUGAAGCAGACUGAGAGAAUACCAAGAGUGUGCAAAGCUGUCAUGAAGGAAAAAGAGGGCUACUUUACAGAAUCUAAAAUAUAAAACAUUCUGCUUUGUUUAACACUUUUUUGUUCAUUAAACAAUUCCAUAAAUGUUCUUUCAUAGUUUUGAUGUCUUCAGUAUUAACCCAGUACAGUGUUUAAAAUAAAUAAAAUAAAUAAAAGCCGUUGAAUGAGAAGGUGUUUCCAAACUUUUGACUGGUAGUGUACAUUUAAUCCCAGGUAUACAUGUAAACAGUCAGUCUCAUGUACGUAAAUUAUUUGCAUUUGUAUUACUGGAUUUACUUAAAUGUCGCACCAAACCAAUGAAGUUUUGUAACAUCUGUGAUACUUUGAAUUGUUGACUUUCUCUGUGUGCGUGUGUGUGUUGAAUCGUUGUGUCGUUCGUUAAGUAUGUUCGUCUCGUUUCAUCAGCUUUAAGUUCUGCUGUUUCCCUCUAAAUGGAAACUUUGUACUUGACAUUUCAGUCAUACUAACCGUUAGGGUGAAGGGGACCAGCAUCAGUUUUUAAGGCUGGUGAUUUUCUCAAGGGUAAUGGUAUUAGAUAUUUGUCUGGGGUGAGAGCAGAGCGAACCAGAACCAUUAGUAUACAGACUUUAGAAAACUACUUUGCAUUUGUCCUUGCAGCCAUCAAUAAAUAUCAGUUUCAAUAACUUCA